UCCUGUUUGUGUUUAGAUUGUGGGAUAAACCCAGAGGAAACCAACGGAGAGAACAGACCAACUCCACACAGAAAGACUCCUGACACAGCAGGGACUCCAAUACUGCAGGAUUAUACUUUAUACACUAUAUUGCCAAAAGUAUUAGGACACCCCUCCAAAUCACUGAAUUCAGGUGUCCCAAUCACUUCCAUGGCCACAGGUGUAUAAAAUCAAGCACCUAGGCGUGCAGACUGCUUCUACAAACAUUUGUGAAGGAAUGGGUCGCUCUCAGGAGCUCAGUGAAUUCAAGCGUGGUACCGUGAUAGGUUGCCACCUGUGCAAUAAGUGGCACGAAGUGGUAGGCCACGUAAAAUCACAGAGUGGGGUCAGCGCACGCUGAGGCGCACAGGGCGCAGAAGUCUCCAACUUUCUGCAGAGUCAAUAGCUACAGACCUCCAAACUUUGUGUGGUCUUCAGAUGAGCUCACGAACAGUGCGUAGAGAGCUUCAUGGAAUGGGUUUCCAUGGCCGAGCAGCUGCGUCCAAGCCUUACAUCACCAAGUGCAAUGCAAAGCGUCGGAUGCAGUGGUGUAAAGCACGCCGCCACUGGACUCUAGAGCAGUGGAGACGUGUUCUCUGGAGUGACAGAUCACGCUCCUCUGUCUGGCAAUCUGAUGGACGAGUCUGGGUUUGGCGGUUGCCAGGGCUCUCAUUUAUCAACAGUGCGUAGAAAAGGUUCUAUAUUUUGUCCUAGAAUAAAAUUUAGAAUGUGCCUAAGUACAAGAAAAUCCAUAUUUAUCAAAUGUGCGCACACAGUUCUUACACACAUUAGUAAGCAACCAUUGUUGAUAAAUCCCACAUGUGCGUAAGUACCCUGCUCGUUCACGUUCACGGUCAUUAACAUUCGGAAAUGCCUCCAAUUAACCAUAUAUGGUGACAACACUUCCCUUUAAAAAAAUCACGUGAUUGUAUUUUUUUCUCACCGCAAUAAUGACAGAGAGCACUCUGUGCUCUAGCCAAGCAGAUCAGCACGAUCUUGGAAAACGCGCUCUCUGCCAGGUCUUCCAAUAACACAAGAUAAGCCAUUGCACUGGGACAAACAUUUUUCACAGCUGUCUUUUAUAGGGUUUGACACCAAUUACGCAUCAUGUUUAAAACCAGACAAAUUAUAAAUUGAGUGUUUUAUAAUUAAAGGAAACACAGGACAUAUGUGGAUUGCUUACUGUGACACUCUUAAAUGCUUUCUAUGUGUAGUGUCACUAUUCUACCACUAGAUUCUCUGCGUAAGCAUGCUCAGAGGUGUGUUUAUAUUUACACACAUUUCUACAUAUAAUACAAGUUGGUGAAUCCCACACUUUGCAUGAAACUGUUCUUACGCACUCAUUACGCACAAAUCUGUCCGUACGCACUGUUGAUAAAUGAGGGCCCAGGAGAAUGGUAUUUGCCUGACUGCAUUGUGCCAAGUGUAAAGUUUGGUGGAGGGGGGAUUAUGGUGUGGGGUUGUUUUUCAGGGGUUGGGCUUGGCCCCUUAGUUCCAGUGAAAGGAACUCUUAAUGCUUCAGCAUACCAAGACAUUUUGGACAAUUUCAUUCUCUCAACUUUGUGGGAACGGUUUGGGGAUGGCCCCUUCCUGUAUCAACAUGACUGCGCACCAGUGCACAAAGCAAGGUCCAUAAAGACAUGGAUGAGCGAGUUUGGUGUGGAGGAACUUGACUGGCCUGCACAGAGUCCUGACCUCAACCCGACAGAACACCUUUGGGAUGAAUUAGAGCGGAGACUGCGAGCCAGGCCUUCUCACCAACAUCACUGCCUGACCUCACAAAUGCGCUUCUAGAAGAAUGGUCAAAAAUUCCCAUAAACGCACUCCUAAACCUUAUGGAAAGCCUUCCCAGAAGAGUUGAGGCUGUUAUAGCUGCAAAGGUUGGAACAACUCCAUAUUAAACCCUACAGAUUAAGAAUGGGAUGUCAUUAAAGUUCAUGUGCACGUAAAGGCAGGCAUCCCAAAACUUAUAGUGUAUGUUGUUGAUGUUUUGUUUGUUUUGUAAUUAUUGCUUGAGGAUUUUUUUGCUGUAUGCUCUUUAUGCUGUAACAGUCAGUAAAAUGAAAAGAUCUUAUACUGAUUUAUGUGAAAAACUGCUUGUUAGCAAUUAAGAAAAACUUAAGCAUAGUGUAUAUGUCAUUUGAAACACCUGGUGGCAGUACAGAGCAAAUUUUUACUGUCUCAGACUGAAGCGCAUGCAUUCAUGUGUAUAUUUAUAUGAAUAUAUUAUAUUUUGCAAAGUGUCUACAAAAAUAUUUAUAGUAUGAUAAAUAUAUAAUAGAAUAUAUUUGUUCCACUGCAGUGUGACAUCCAGUCCUGUCAAGACAAAGAAAUGAGGAGCUUUUUUCCCUGUAGAAUAAUAAUGGAAAUCCACACCAUUCUUCAUAUUUAAUCUAUGAAUAAACUCACUCUUAUUAAACAGAUCAGAGUGUAGAGAGCUAGUUUCUGAUUUCUCAGGUUCACUCAGAAUUGUACAUUUUAAUUCAUUCAUUUAGUAGAAACUCUUAUCCAAAGCAACAGAGGAAAACAACAGGGGAAAGUACAAGUGCUGCACUGAAAUGUGUUUUGUUCUGCAUUCUUUGGAGAGUGUCAGCUAAAAGAAUUUAGCGAGAUUACAGUGAACUCAUUUCAAGUUUUGUACAACGUACGUAUAUUAUUUCCCAAUGGCAUUAACAUCUGAAAUCUGAGAACAAAGAAGUAGUUUCCUAAUCACAACCUUUGAUCUGAAUUCAGCAGCAAACUGCUCCAUCGUGUGUCUUUAAAAGUGUGUCUUCACUUAAAAGGAUUUAAAAAUGCAGACAGUUGUUGAUUGGUUCUGACAUUUACUUGACCUCAAGCAAAAAGGUUUAGGUUAGGUUAGGGAUGAAGAUGAAGCUGCAGAAUAUGAACUGAAUUUAGUAGGCUAAAAUGUCUGCAUAACAUUUCUUUUCAUUAUUGUGAAAAUAAAACUUGUGAAGAUUUGAAUUUUUUAUUAAAAUCUUUCUCUUUAAAUCUUAUUUUAUAUGAUGUUAUAAUUUAACACAUGGUUCUCAAAGUUUUCAUGCCUCCUUUAAACCUUUUUAAAAUAUUACAAAUAAAUCACAAUGAGUUUGUGUGUGUGUGUGUGUGUGUGUGUGUGUGUAUAUAUAUAACUCAUUGUGAUUUAUUUUGGAACUACAGUAUAUGUAUUGGGCAUCUGAUGGUUGUUGAAGCGUGUACUGUUUGGCUUGUAAAGCAUUAGAGUAGUGUGUGUGUUUGUAUCCGGACUGUGUUCGUUCUUCAUGCGCAGUUCGGACGCAUGACUGAGGAGAAUGAGCGCUGCAGCUCUUAUUUCACAAAUUUCUGCGGUAUUAAAACAUUAAAACAUUCCUGCGGGGAUUUCAGAGGCUUUAAAAUCUCACACGCGCUUUCACAAGGAAAGAAACACACAUAUAAAGUCUCGCAUUGUAAAGCUGCGGUCAGCAGUGAGAAACAUUUGAAAAUGGCUUCAUACACGUUACCGGAGGGAUUCAGUGAUUUUGACAUGUUCGCCUUCGGCUCCGCGCUGCUGGUCGGCGGCCUUCUCGGCUUCUUCCUUAAUUUUAUCUCGGCCAUGGCGUUCCUGCGAGUGCGAGAGAUGCAGACGCCCAAUAACUUCUUCAUCUUUAACCUGGCAGUGGCUGAUCUGAGCCUCAAUAUUAACGGUUUAGUGGCUGCUUACGCCAGUUAUCUGAGAUAUUGGCCGUUCGGGUCCAAAGGCUGUCAGAUUCACGCUUUUCAAGGAAUGGUGUCAAUUCUCGCCGCCAUCAGUUUUCUGGGUGCCAUUGCUUGGGACAGAUAUCAUCAGUACUGUACUAAGCAGAAGAUGUUCUGGAGCACAUCUGGAACUAUCAGCGCCCUCAUCUGGAUUCUGGCUGUGUUCUGGGCGGCUCUUCCGCUGCCUGCCAUUGGCUGGGGAGUGUUUGACUUUGAGCCAAUGAGAACCUGCUGCACACUCGACUACACUCUCGGAGACAGGAAUUACAUCAGCUACAUGCUGACCAUCACUGUACUGUAUUUGGCCUUCCCUGUUCUCAUCUUGCAGUCCUCCUACAAUGCCAUCUAUGCAUACUUCAAAAAGACACACCACUUUAAGUUUAACACAGGUUUACCACUGAAGGCGCUGCUGUUCUGCUGGGGUCCGUAUGUUGUGAUGUGCACAUACGCCUGCUUCGAGAACGUCAGUCUCGUUUCACCCAAGCUCAGGAUGGUCCUCCCGGUGCUCGCAAAGACGUCUCCGAUCUUCCACGCCGUCCUGUACGCGUACGGUAACGAAUUCUACCGCGGAGGAAUCUGGCAGUUCCUCACGGGACAGAAACCUGCGGACAAAAAGAAAUGAGAGUCAAAGAGCUUCAGCUGUUUCGUCCUUCCAUGUAAUGCCGUAUUGAGAAGAAUCUACAAGAGUUUACACAUGAUGAUGUUUAUGUCAAAUCAGUGCCUAACACAUUUAUUUGUCCAGAAUUUCCCUGAAUUAUUAAUUGAAGACUGACGUACAGUGUGAAGCCUUAUUUCAGUAGCCUGAAGUGUUUGAGAUGAGAAUUCAUUCAGGACACAGUCGUUUAGCGAUUUCAUUGUUGUUGUCUUAAUAUCUCUGUUGACUAAAGCAUCUGAGUCCAGAAUUCAUGUGUGAAUCUAUGAAGAAGGAGGAUUUUUCUAACCAAAACUGAAUGAACUGCUAACAACAAAAGGGCCUUUCUUUGUUAAUCCACAGAAUAAACGUGAGGCACAAGA